GCUUUCUGGCCCCGCCAUGGCCGCGGCCGGCCUGAACCGAGCUCGGGAUAAGUACUCGGUGCUGCUGCCCACGUACAACGAGCGCGAGAACCUGCCGCUCAUCGUCUGGCUGCUGGUGCGGAGCUUCCACGAGAGUGGAAGCAACUUUGAAAUUAUAGUCAUAGAUGAUGGAAGCCCAGAUGGGACAUGGGAAGUUGCUGAACAGUUGGAAAAGAUAUAUGGUUCAGAUAAAAUUCUUCUAAGGCCCAGAGCAAAAAAGCUGGGAUUGGGCACUGCUUAUAUUCAUGGAAUGCAGCAUGCCACAGGGAAUUUCAUUAUUAUUAUGGAUGCGGACCUCUCCCACCAUCCAAAAUUCAUUCCAGAGUUCAUCAGAAAGCAAAAAGAAGGUAACUUUGACAUUGUGUCUGGAACUCGGUAUAAAGGAAAUGGAGGUGUGCACGGCUGGGAUUUGAAAAGAAAAAUAAUCAGUCGUGGUGCCAACUUUGUCACUCAGGUUUUGUUAAGACCAGGUGCAUCAGAUUUAACAGGAAGUUUCAGGUUAUACAGAAAGGAGGUCUUGCAGAAACUAAUGGAAAAAUGUGUUUCUAAAGGAUAUGUCUUCCAGAUGGAGAUGAUUGUUCGAGCUAGACAGUUAGGAUACACUAUUGGAGAGGUUCCUAUAUCAUUUGUGGACCGUGUCUAUGGUGAAUCUAAACUGGGAGGCAAUGAAAUAGUGUCUUUCUUAAAAGGACUGUUAACUUUGUUUGCAACUACAUGAUAAGAGCUCACCCUAAGUUAAUUCUUAUUUAAAAUGCAACAUUCUCAUGAGUUAAAUUUAAUUUUUAAAAUAUAUUCAAUUGUGCAAGCUUGCUGCUUUGCCUAGUGACCAGGAAACCCAUCGCCUAUUUGUGAUUAAGUGAACCAACCAUAAUAAAGCAAAUAAACUGUAUCACAGAAUAUUAUUUUCAAAUUAAAUGAACUAGUGUAUUUAUGAACAAUGUAUAAUAAUGAAAACCCACGCAGUACUGUUUUUCGUACGAAUAAUGAAGUGUUAAUAAAUUAGACCACACUUCAGUUCUGUGCUAUACAUUUUUGUUGAAAAGUGUCAUGAUACCUCUUCCUAUUACGUGCAUGAAAAUUAUAAAGUGUGCAAAUUAGCAAGAGCCUGCUGUAUACAGAAAGAUGCAGUUUUUCUAAAUUGUAUUCUGACAAAAUAUUUUUUCUUUAUUCCAGACUAAUACUGAAAAUUUCAGUCAGACAUACUGUGUUAAGAAUAAUACACAAAUAAAUCCAAUUGAUCUUUUGCAUAAAGCUUGGUUGCAUGCUUACAUUAUUAAUUUAUCAUCUUAUUCAUGUUGAAGUUAAGAAUGGCUUUAAAAGAAGAGGAAAGUAACAAUGGAAAAAACAGGAUUUAUCUUAUCUUUGCCUUGUGGUUUGUAGAUAAUUGGGGUUUUAUACAUACUUGUACCAAUAGCUGUCCCUCUUUUUCCCAACAAAAGUCUACAUAGAAUGUCAGACCAUUUCUACAAAACUUACAGGGGAGCUGGAGAAAAGUAAGACUAUGUAAAAUGACACAAUGUUGAGUUGCUUAGGAAUUUCCUAAUACAAAUGCUUACAGGGACUUGUUUUUUGUAAACAUGCUAUUAGACAGGAGUGAUAGAAACAGAAGCCUCUUUAAAACAGAAAUAUGAAGAUAUACAAAUGUGGACUACUCUAGUUUUUUAUGAUUAUAGAUAAUUUUUUCUUUAACGAUCUGAUACUCUUUGAACUUUUAUUUUUUAAAAAGAGAGACCCAUCCCACCCAAACCCAUGGUGACACAGGCCCCAAUUCACUUAUCUCUGAAAUCAAUAAAGACCCCUCCUGUUGACUUCAUGUGGGAAGGCUCUAACCAAUAGUUCUCCAUGCAGAAGUUGUAUUUGUUCUAGAAGCUGUUUAAUGAAUUUGUUGAACCUGUUGAAUGAGAGCACAGUUCUAUAUUUUUUUUGAUGUUUCACUGAUGACUUUUAGGUGGUGGAAGCUUCAAAAUCCUGUUUUGUGGAGUGCAAUCAAACAUUCGUGGGGGAGGAGGAAAGCAGAGGAUACUGUUGUUCUAAGAAUGUUAAAUAUAAUUAAGACAAGUAUGUCUCAGCCUCUGAAAAGAAUUGGCUGUAAAGUACAAAUACCAAAUUAUAUGUAAAAUAGAGUACUAUCUAGUUGUGAAUUGUAAUAGAGUGUAUAAUUGGUACCAAUAAAAAAUACGUUCAUUAGAAAAAUUAGAGUGGGGGGAGACAAAGCAGCCAAAGAAUGAAAUAAAACUUCAUUAAAUAUAAUUAUUUUUAUUUAA